AUGAAGACCUCCUCGUCACGAGCAGCAGCAGCAGCUUCGGUGAAACCAAGAUCACCUUUCGUCGAAACAGUUCGCGGCAGUCUACCUAGACGCAACGCAGCUUUCCACUGCUCUGGUCGACUCAGCGCCAAGUCAGAUCCUGAACCGCUCGACCUCUCUCGCCUCAAUUCAUUGCUCGACAAGCUAGCUCGCCCUCCGUCGCUCCGAUCGGCAUCUUCGUCCGAAAGCUUCUCGUCUUUCACCGCCUCGAGCUCGGCUUCUUCCUCCGUCUCGGCACUGCCUCUGACCCCUCGGCUCCGAAGCAACAACGCCUUCCGUGAGCCCUCACACGUCCGCUCCCAUCGCAAAGCGCAAUUCAACGCUCUGCUCGACACCUUCCAUCGCGCAACCAUUUGCGACUUCGAGAACAGCUACCAGCUUUCCGCCUCGGAUCUCGCUCACGCUUUUGAUCGUCAAGCCACCUCGUUCCGUCCCAUACAUCCCAACGACGUCCUUCGCGGUGUGGCAAGCAGCAUGUCCGAGCCCGUCGUCCAGCACACCUCGCAGUCCGGCUCCACGCCUUCCGCCGAGAACCCCGGAAAGCUCGUCCAGGCAUCCGGCAUCGCUGCUCCUUUCCAGGAUGCCAUCAAGGAGGCCAUCCAGGCACGUGUUGACCAGGGCAAGUCCAGGCCCAAGCUUGUCGGUAUUCUCCCCACGCCCAGUCCUCCUAGCGUAGCCUACUCGGAAUGGACGCGCAAAGCGUGCGAGGCCGUCGGCAUCGAGUUCGAGAUCUGGAAGACUUGGGACGACUCGGUCGAGGUCAAGGAGGAGGACCACAAGGGCACCGCGCCCGACUUUGACCUCGAGGCCGACGUGGAAGACCUCAUCAUUGCUGCCAAUGCAGACGAGAGCGUGCACGGCAUCAUGGUGUACUACCCCAUCUUCUUUGGUCGCCAAGACACUUACCUCCAGCAAAUUGUGGACCCACGCAAGGAUGUAGAAGGUCUGCACUUCAGCUACUGCUGGAACAUGUACCACAAUGUGCGAUGGAUCUCGCCCUCAAAGCUCGGCAACGCCCCUGGCACGACACGCGAGCUUCCUGAAGAGCGCGCUACUCGUGAGGCGCUCGAUGCCGAGCAGGUGCCACCCGGCAUGGCCAAGUCGAUCUUGCCAUGCACACCCUUGGCCAUGGUCAAGUGUCUCGAAGCUGUGGGCGUCUACGACCGCGAAUUGCCCUACGGCGACCGACUGUUCGGCAAAACCAUCACGGUGGUCAACAGGUCCGAGGUCGUCGGCCGUCCUCUCGCCGCGCUGCUCUCCAACGACGGUGCCAAAGUCUACUCGGUCGACAUUGACUCGAUCCAAGAGUUUAACAAGCGUGCCGUCGAGCCCUCCUCCGAACCUCAGGGCCGCGCACGAUCCGAGAUUGUCAAGAAGGCGCACGCUCAGAACACUGCCUCGCAGCUUCGACCACACCACGUGGUGCGCAACUGCAACAUGACGGCGGAAGAGUGCAUCCGUGCCUCGGACGUCGUCAUCUCGGGUGUGCCUUCGGCCAACUACAAGAUCGAGACCGACUGGAUCAAGCCCGGUGCGGUGUGCGUCAACUUUUCCAGCGAGAAGAAUUUCAAGCCAGAUGUAAGGACGCGUGCGUCGAUGUACUUGCCAGCCAUCGGCAAGACGACGAUUGCCAUGCUCCAGAGGAAUCUGCUCCGUCUGGUAGAGUACCGGGAGCUGUCUGAAGGUCCCUCCAAGUAG